AGGACACCCUCGGCUCGCCUAUAAAUUUGGCCCGAUCGUCUCGCCUCGCCUCCUUCCCUCGCCUCCUUCCCUCGCCCUCGCUUUCUUCAGUUAGGGUUAGGGUUUUAGAUAGAGGAGGCGUCAUGUUGGUGUACCAGGACCUUAUCACUGGCGAUGAGCUUCUAUCGGACUCUUUUCCAUACAAGGAGAUUGAAAAUGGAGUUCUUUGGGAAGUUGAGGGAAAGUGGGUGGUUCAAGGAGCUUGUGAAGUAGACAUUGGUGCAAACCCUUCUGCUGAAGGUGCUGGCGAGGAUGAAGGAGUCGAUGACCAAACUGUCAGGGUUGUGGAUAUCGUUGACACCUUCAGACUUCAGGAACAACCUCCCUUUGACAAGAAGCAGUUUGUGACCUGGGUGAAGCGUUACAUCAAGCUCUUGAAUUCUAAGUUGGAUGGUGAAAAAGCGGAGGAAUUUAAGAAGAACAUUGAGGGAGCUACAAAAUUCCUGCUUGGGAAGCUCAAAGAUUUGCAAUUCUUUGUGGGUGAGAGCAUGCAUGAUGACGGUAGCUUGGUCUUUGCAUACUACAAGGAAGGCGCCAGUGAUCCUACCUUUUUGUACUUUGCCCACGGGCUGAAGGAGAUCAAGUGCUAGAGCCUGUUCUUUUCAGAACUCCAAAAGGAGAUUGUAGUCUAAUGUUAUGUUACCUAAAUUAUCUGCUGCCGCUGGACUUGGGUCUUUUAGUGCUUUAAUUGUGGUAUUUAAUAAACUUAUGUGGGUUUGAGUAAUGUUUUUGUCACAACUUUUUAAGUUAUAUUUUAUUCGAUUGAGUGGUGAUUAUUUUCUU